AUGUCUCCUCUCCAAGAUCCGAAAAUCUCAGAAUCAAUUGAUCAAGUAACUCAAAACUCACAGUCGAUAACAAUGCCUCAGCAUGUCAACAUAAGUGGCAACGAUGUUGCGAUUAGCUUCAAUAGGACCGCAGCUUUACCCCCACCUUCUCCGUUGGCCUCACAUCCUACUAUAAACGUGAGGAAAGACAAUAUGCCUGCAAAUAAGCGGCCAAGUUCAAGGGACGGACAAGAUUUGCGUGGGGAACCUGCUUCUAAUGUUAGGUUAGAUGGAGGCACCAAAGAAAGAAAUAGCCUGAAGAGUGUGAGGGAGACUGACGAUAGGGAUACAAACGGCGGAAAUGACAAAAUAGACCGCAUUUCAUCCAAUAGUGGCGGAAUCAAUGGAAAUAAUGUGACGGACUUCUUUAGUUCUGAGGUCUUUCAUCUUGUUCUACGUAAUCCAGCUACAGCACAUCGACUGUUGAGAUUUUGUCAGAGUCGAGCAUGUGGGGAGAACAUGGAGUUUUUGCAGAAAGUCGACCAAUUCAACCGCCUGCUUGAUGAAGCAUCGCAGUUGCUUGGCUCCAUCCAAUCCACUUAUACCUCGGCGGAUGCACCUCAACAAAUAAACAUGUCCAAUUCACAAAUAAAACGAGUACAAUCCGACAUUAGACACGCUUCACAGUUCACAAUUCCUAGUUUGGAAAGCAUUUUCUUAAGCCCGCGAGAGCAUAUCGAGAAACGGUUAGAGAAAGAGAUAUAUCCUCGAUUUGUCAAACAUCAAGUCACAACAUCUGCCACAUCAGCACUGGCAGAUCAUAGAGAGAGGUUCCAAGGUUUGGGGGAUUGCUUCUGUCUGACAGAUCCAAGUAUAGCAGAUAACCCUAUUUUGUAUGUCUCAGAUGGGUUUGUCUCCGUCACAGGUUAUAACCGCAAAGACAUUAUUCCUCGCAACUGCCGCUUCCUGCAAGGAGAGCUCACUGAUCAAAGCGCGCCUCGACGCCUCCGAACGGCCAUUGAUGCCUGCGAAGAAACCGUCGAGCUUCUGCUCAAUUACCGCAAGAACGGCGACCCAUUUUGGAAUCUCCUUUACGUUUCCCCCCUACUCGACGAGCGGGGCGAAGUUGCCUUCUUCCUCGGCGGUCAGAUUAACUGCUCGACCACUAUACACUCUUGCAACGACGUAUUACGCAUUUUGAGCAUAAAUGACGACGAACUAGAUGAAAUAGACGCUAAGAAUAGACCGACCAGCAUACGGAGCCGAAAUUCAACGCUCGAUACCAGCAAAGUGAAGAGCAAAUUCUUUAAAAGCUGGCGGAAGUAUAGUCCCUCAAAGAGCUCUGCUGCGAAGACAGUGGUGGUUAUGGAUGAGGCAGGCCAGGAACCGGAAUUGGUUAAUAAGCUUGGCAAGAUGAAUUUUACGACGCAGGUGGAGGCAUUUUAUACUGCUUAUUCAAAGUACAUUUGCAUGGAAUACCAAGCCUCCACUCAAACACUUUCCAUAAAACACUACACACCCGGAAUAAUCGACAUUCUGUGCCUCAACCUCCCCAACGGCAGCAUCGCACCCAUCUACAACAAAGAUAUUUUCAAGGUUCUGUCGGAACAUACCUCUCCUUCGACUUCGUCAAGUGUUUCUAAGGAGUUCAAAAGUACAGUCAGAGAAGCGCUGCAGAAAGGUAACGCAGUGAGCGUCGAAACGGGGUUAUUGACAGGAUUCGCCGAGGUGAAAGGCGGGAAUUGGUUUUCGGGCGAUAGGGAAAAGAAAUUGAAGAGGAUGGAGGAAAGGUAUGUUACGCACUGGACGCCACUUAAGGACGCGGAGGGGUAUGUGAGAUUUGUCGUUUUGAGCAUUGCGCCUAAGGAUUAG